ACCUAACCUCUAAAAUUUUUGAAAAGAUACUUAACCUGCAUUCGAUGUGCGAUUUUUCUAUGUGUGCUUAUUUUUAUUUAAAUAACAUAGAAACGAAGUAUGACUUUUGUCGACUUAGAAGAUGUUCCUGAAUCAUCAAAACAAGACACCAAUAAGAAAGAAUCAACACCUGUGGACCGUAAUACCGGGCAGUGGGGUUACGAUUUGUACCCUGAGCGGCGCCAAGAAAAAAAACCAACACCUUUAACACACUAUAUCCUUGGAAAGGGCAGCGAGAAUUUGGAAAAAAUCAAGUGCGAACGAGGCGUUUACAGGUGCUUUAAAGAAAGCCCUAUCGUCAAGUUGAUGUUAGGCGCUCUAAAAUCUUCAGGUUGUCCAGUUGAUAUCCGUAGACAUAUUAGCUGUGAGGAAUGUUCAUUAGAAGUUAGUGGAGGCUUUGAUCCCGUCUUAAACCAGGUUGUAAUUUGCCACAAUAAUGCCUCGAAGGAAGGAAUCAUCCAGGGAGUUCUUUUACAUGAAAUGGUACAUAUGUUUGACUUUUGCCGCAACAACUUAGACUUCAAAAACAUCGAUCAUCUGGCUUGUACGGAAAUAAGAGCUGCUAAUCUAGCACACUGUAGCUUUAUGUCGGCUUGGGUUAAUGGAGAUACUUCGAUAUUUAACAUGAAGGCAACCCAUCAAAAUUGUGUUAAAAACAAAGCGUUAACUUCCAUGUUAGCCGUGAGGAACAUUACACAAAAUGAAGCUAUUAACGCUAUUGAACGGGUCUUUGAUCGGUGUUACAAUGACUUAGAACCGUUAGGAAGAAGACUAAGAAGGAGUAGUAAUGAUAUGACCAAGGCUUAUGAAGAUGGCAUUUAUUAUGGGUAUGUUGAUAGCUAACAAAGAAAAAUGUAAUUUGUAGUGUGUAAUUCUACUUGUGAUAUAUUUUCUUUAAAAUUGUGAUUAUUUAUUAAAGAAAAAUUUAGUAUUAAAAGUUCUGUCGAAUGAAUA